GUUAUAAUUUGCCCUUAAAAUCAAACAGGGCAAAGCCGCCUAUCUUCCUCUCAAAUGCUCCCCUGACCAAAUGGAAACCCUAGUUCUCUCCCAUCGUCCUCUUCCCUCCGACCUCCGUCGUCUGCCAUUUACCUCCUGUCACAGACUAACCUCAACCUCUUUCUCUCUCGUCAACAUCCCAAACUCGCGUGUCCGUAAACUCAAAUGUUCCGCUCAAUCUCCUCAUGCAGUAGAGCAAACUGUGAAAUUCAAGGAAGCUGCGGAGUAUGGGAAUUUGAUUCCGCUGUACCGUCCUGUGUUCUCCGAUCACUUGACUCCGGUGCUUGCUUACCGUUGUUUGGUUAGGGAAGAUGAAAGAGACGCCCCUAGCUUUCUAUUCGAGGCGGUGGAGCCUGGUCUACAGGCUUCAAGUGUUGGGCGGUAUAGUGUCGUUGGAGCCCAACCGGCAAUGGAAAUAAUUGCAAAGGAGAAUAUGGUGACGGUUAUGGAUCACGAGGAAGGGAGGAAAACAGAGGAGAUCAUAGAGGAUCCUAUGCAAGUACCUCGGAGGAUUAUGGAGAAAUGGAAACCCCAACGAGUGGAUGAGCUCCCUGAAGCAUUUUGUGGUGGGUGGGUUGGUUAUUUCUCAUAUGAUACAGUGCGAUAUGUAGAGAAGAAAAAGCUUCCAUUCUCAAGUGCUCCAAUGGAUGACCGAAACCUUCCUGACAUUCAUCUAGGCCUUUAUGAUGACGUGAUUGUGUUUGAUCAUGUGGAGAAGAAAGCAAUUGUGAUCCACUGGGUGCAAUUGGAUCGAUUUUCUUCUGUUGAGGAGGCCUAUAAUGAUGGAAUGAAACGGUUGGAAACUUUAGUGUCUAGAGUGCAUGAUAUAGUUCCCCCAAGGCUGGCUGCAGGUUCAAUUAAAUUAUACAGUACCCCAUUUAGUCCUUCAUUGAAGGAGUCAACGAUGACAAGUGAAGCAUACAAGGAGGCAGUGCUUCAAGCUAAAGAACAUAUCCUGGCUGGGGAUAUUUUUCAGAUUGUAUUAAGUCAACGAUUUGAACAACGAACUUUUGCAGACCCAUUUGAAAUCUACAGGGCAUUGAGAAUUGUUAAUCCAAGUCCAUAUAUGACUUAUUUACAAGCUAGAGGAUGCAUUUUAGUUGCUUCAAGUCCAGAAAUUCUUACUCGCGUGAAAAAGACGAAGGUCACCAAUCGACCCCUUGCUGGGACAAUUAGGAGAGGGAAGACGCCCAAGGAAGAUUAUAUGUUGGAAAAGCAGCUUUUGAAUGAUGAAAAGCAAUGUGCAGAGCACACUAUGCUGGUUGACUUGGGAAGGAAUGAUGUUGGAAAGGUCUCGAAACCUGGUUCUGUGAAAGUGGAAAAGCUUAUGAACAUUGAGCGAUAUUCUCAUGUCAUGCACAUCAGCUCCACAGUCACUGGAGAGUUAUUGGAUCAUUUAACUAGCUGGGACGCUCUGCGUGCUGCGUUGCCUGUUGGAACUGUUAGCGGAGCACCAAAGGUGAAAGCGAUGGAAUUAAUUGAUCAGCUGGAAGUCACGAGGCGUGGGCCAUAUAGCGGUGGAUUUGGAGGCAUUUCCUUUACUGGUGAUAUGGAUAUUGCCCUAGCUUUGAGAACCAUUGUAUUUCCAACUGGAUUGCGUUUCGACACAAUGUACUCGUACAAGGACGUGAACAGGCGGAAAGAAUGGGUCGCUCAUCUUCAAGCUGGGGCAGGUAUUGUGGCUGACAGUAAACCUGCUGAGGAACAGAGAGAAUGUGAGAACAAAGCUGCGGCUCUUGCCUGUGCUAUUGAACUUGCCGAGUCAUCAUUUAUAGAGAAAUGAUAAAGAUUUAUCUGCCUGUAGAGUUUGUUGUUUUUCUCCAGAGCAAUUCUAUACAAGCCCAACACCUCAACCGAAGCGUUUGGCAGAGAGCAUCCCAGCCAUGGGAUGCUAUGCCCUUGGCCCAACGCUCCGGUUGAAGUGUUGGGCUAUGCUCUCAGCCCAACACUUUGGUUUUAGUGUAGGGCUUUGCAAAGCAUUUUCCUUCUCUCUAUGUAGUUCAUAGAGGUAGCAAGACAUAGUGUGGAUGGUUUAUCAUUGGAAAUGGAAAAAUGGAACUGUAAAUGAUCUGAGAUGAACGGGAUUAAUAUUUUGUUUUUUGCUUGA